AAAUAGCGAGGUCCAAUAUAAAGUUGGGCUUUGUGCGGGGAAAAAAAGAAGGAAAAGGAUUAGGAAGCAGAAGAGAAACGAUAAGGUUAUAACUUAUAUUUGAAGUGAUGGUUGGUUGAAUUAGGAAGCAUGGCGAAGAAGGGGAAGAAGCAAUUGAUGUCAUCGGCGCCGUGGAGGGGCGACGACGCCGGCGAAGAGUUCAAAGAUGCGAAGCUGAAAGUGACGAGCCAGGCUGACGGCACUUCAACCAUGCACGUUCCUCGCUCCAAGUCCCAUCAUCAUCACCAUCACGAAGACGAUUCCAUCCAGAUUGAUCCUGAGCUACGCUACAGCUUCCAGCGCAAUUUCCAGUUUCUUCAACGUGUUUUUAGCAUUGACACUGUGGUCAAACCUCUUCCUCCUGUCAUGGCAUACAAUGUCUCUCGCAACUUGAACUUCUUCACGCGCAUUUUCACACAAUUCUUUGAUCCCGAAGGUAUUGCAAAUGCCCAGAAAUCCUUGGGCAUUGGACAGGAAGAUAAAGUUCGCAAAGUUCGUUGAAGACACAAAAGGAAUGGGAAUUGAAAAGGGAAAGAACUUGGUAGAGGAAUAGACUUGUCAUUUAUGAUUAACCUUUUCCUGUUUGAUCACUCGUGAUAUCAUUUACCUUGUUUGUUAUCCAUUUCAAUUAUAUAUGAGAUUACAAAUUGAGCAGCAUGCGUGACAAUUUGAUUAUUUCAUUAUCUUAACCAAAGCAAGACCCUAGAGGGAGU